AUGGCUGCUGUGCGCAGUUCAAACCUCCUCGACAGCGGCGUAGAAACUAUUCCAGUUCCUAUCUUGCAUCCAAGGGCGACUCACGCUGCGGAAGAGUCUCAAUCGUCCGAUUCUGCUCUGCUCGAUCGUCGGUUGGAGCAUCUCAUGAUACCCAUUUUGGAGCCUGUGCGGAAUCCAGUCACCGGUCGUCAUGCAAGCAACAACAACUCCCUCGCAGGUCGCAAAAUGGCAAAGACGGUUCCCUGGGAUGGUCAGCUUUGCUGGGCGAUCAAAGGAUGCAGCGUCUUCGACGACCAGGAAGAAGAAGCCGAUGCACUCUACUACCCGAACAACCUCAUUUCUCGCGUACCUCUUUCGAAUCGCCUGGUCUUUCAAUACGGGCUGCGUUACAUUCCCUCGAUGGCUGAAACGAACAUCUACCGCACCGCAACGAUUGAGAACCUUGCUGCCAACAUCUCGCUGAAUCAGGUGCUACUUAAUGUCUCUGGGGAGGUUUACUCCUCGCGUCUCUUCGAUACUAGGGCCAUCACGGGAUACAACACGGCGAUUGUGGUCUUCCUCUUGGAGAGUGAGGCGCGCAGCUUUGUCGAGAAGGCUAAGGAGGGACUGCAUGCUGGAUCUGCCCUGGCCAAGGUUGCCCUCGUGAAUACUCCAACCUACCCAAUGCCGGCGGACAUGGAAAACCUGGUCAACAAAGGAUACAGUCGAUGCCUCGUUGUCUCGGAUGUCAGCGCAACCAUCCAGAAGGACAUCUGCGGCGUGCUAAACCGCUCGGCCUAUCACUCAUACAUCGAAUUCGUCAAGGUUGGACCGUUCGUAGGCCAAGUCACUAUUCGAUUUCAUUGUAUCAAGUCAGCUGCGGCGGUGCUGUCACUCCUCCAGGGACACCCCAGCUUUCGGAAGUGCAGUGUCAGCUUUAUGAAGGAAUCUCAGGGCAAGUUGGUGUUGACGAAAACAUAA